GUGGCACUGUAGUGCACAGGAAAGGGGAUGUUCAAACAUUCCAGAUCUAUGUAGGGGAGCUACAUCCAGGGAAAACCAACCAGGUUCUAUAACAACAAAACACUGGAAAAAUGCUACCUUGGAAGAUAACAAUGUUUUGUACCCUCAUGGUUGUCAGCAGUUCUUCCCAGGAUUUUAAUGUUGACUCACUCAUCCAUUCAUCUGUUCACAGGCUCAGCAAAGGUGGCAGAGAAGAGGAAAGCAGACAGAGAGAAAUACACAAGCAGAAACAGCAGGGCAUUUCACCUGUAGAAUACACCAUUGCUAUUGAGAUAAGCUUUGCAAAUUCCUCAUUCCUGGAGCCUCUCAGAAGUUAUGUAAAUAACCUUACCUUUCCACUCUCAGUAAAUGCCUCUGAAUCAGCUGUGAACAUUUCAAGUUUUAAUGUUACCACAGUGUGCAACUCAACUGGCAUUGAUAGCACUUAUUGUUACUGUGAGUAUGGGUAUGAAUGGCCUGUCGAGGCAUGCAAAGCUACUCCAGCCUGUCACAAUACCACAGUAGCACUAGAAGAGAGCUGCAACUGUAUUGCACAGCUGCCUUCUCAAGGAACUUAUUGUCAGCUGCAAUCUGAAGGUGCUCAUUUUACAUACAUAGUAAAAAUGUCUGUCUGGCUUGCCAAACCCUUUGAGAAUGAUCUGAGAAAUUCAUCCUCUGCCAUGUUUAAACAAUACAAAAGUGACCUGGAGAAAGCGUUUACUGAGGGCUACAAAUCUUUACCAGGCUUCAUAAAUGUAAUAGUUACAGGAUUCAGGCCUGGAAGCAUAAUAGUUCAGCAUGAAGUAACAUCAGCAAGAAAUAUACCAGAUGAAAAUGCAUAUACAAAAAUAACUGAAGCCUUAGAUCAUUCCUACAACCUAAUAUCUACAUCGUUUGAAAGAUCUUCAAUGGAAAUCCUUGGUGGAACAAAUUUCUUCAUUUCCCCUGACCACAUUUUUGAAGGAGAUACGGUAACAAUGACAUGCGAGUCAAAAUCAUCUUCAAGCAAUGUGACCUGGUACCUUUCAGGACGUUUAAUCUCUAACAGCAGUGGCAGGCACUGUAUAAUGAAUGAAGUUAGAAAUGGAAAGUCAACAUCAGCACUGAAAAUUACAAGCAUUAAAUGGGAAGAUUCUGGUGAUUAUUGUUGUACUUUUACGGAAUGGGCUAAUAAUAUAUCAUUAAUAUACAAAGCUGUGGAUAAUAUAACAGUCUCUCCAAUCAAAAUUGUGCCAUCGGAAGAUGUUGUGACUGUAUGUAAUGGUGACACUAAAGAACUGAGCUGCUGCACAGAUCAAGAAAUGCAACUGUUUACUUAUUACUGGAAAACAAAUGGAGCAAUAAAUAUUUCAGGAACCACCACUUCCACUUACAACUGUACUAAAUACCUACUGCAGGCUAAUGAAUCUCAAUGCCCUGCAGAUCAGUCUGGGACCAAGACAGAUUACAUAUGUGAGCUGAACACUACAUAUGGUGCUCGUAAAAAUAAGGUUAUCAGUGUGACAUAUUUUCGAGUGGCAAAUGUAAGCAUGCUUUCCAGCAUAAAUGGCAGGAUUUCUGAGGGACACAAUUUUUCUCUAAGGUGUAUUAGCGACGUGAGCAAUUAUGACCAAGUCAGCUGGCAAAUCCAAACUGGAAGCUCUAUUAAGAGUGUAGACAGUGUAUGGUACACCACCACAAAGACCCAAAUUGGCGCAGAGUCUGUGCUGACUGUGGGCAGUGCUAACCAGAACUGGGCUGGCAUCUAUACUUGUACCUUUUUCCAAGGUUUUUUGAACAGCUCUGCACACACAGGAAUUGAAGUGUUUCCUUUACUCCUAAAAAAAGAUAUUAUAAGAGAUCCCAUAGAAGCAUUCAUCCCUUGUCCAGGCACCCAAGUUCUGAAAUGCUGCACAGGCAAGAUGGGAAAUUACACUGUAACAUUCUUUGAUCUACAAAGGCCUCCACCUAUUAAGGCAGAGAGAAAAGAAAAAGGCAACCUCAACUGCUACCAUCAUACAAUAAAGGUCACAGCAGAUUACUGCAAUUCCGCAGGACAUGUUUUUCAAGUGUUUUGUGAGUUCACUAACCAAAUUGAUGGGAGUGUUCAGAGUUCACCAAUGAGCCUAAAUCUUCUACAAGUAAAGAAUAUAACAUGUAAUUCUUCAGCCAUUGGUUCUGGAGAGAAUGGAGCUGUGAUUACAAAGCCUUGCUUGGACAGCAACCAUGUCAGAGGAAACAUCACCUAUAAGUGUGAACGUACAGAAUGGACUGCUGCUGGAAACAGCUGCCUCGCUGUCCCCAUUAAUGAACUUCUUAAUUCUGCUGAGUUGUUGGUGACCAGUCCUGAGUCAGUGCAGAAUUUGCCUGAAUUCCUCAUUCGUCUGAACCAUACCAUCAAGGGUGAGCAGCAAAAUAUAAAUACUAAAGCUGCCAACCUGGAAGCUGUCGUGGAAAUCCUGAAUUUGAUUUCCGUCGUACCAGUAGAUGCAAAGCAGGCAACAAUGGAAAAUUUUUUGUCCACAGUAGAUACCAUUAUCAGCAGUCCAACAGAAACUUGGAAGGAUUUUAAGAAUGGAAGUUCUCGAUUGCUAGAUUCAGUGGAACAAUUUUCGGGGUCCCUCCGACCUAUUAACAGUACUAUUCCUCCCAUCAGAUAUGACAGUCUUCAGCUCAAAGGUGUAGUCAUUGACAAAAACAAUGUUUCAGACUACAACAAAAGUUUUACAUUCUCCAAACCCUCAGACCUCAGUGGUACUGUGCUAAUUGAUGAAGCGAAAAUUAGAACUGGAAAAUCAAACUUCACCAUCAUCAGUGUGGCUUACUCAACUUUGGGGCAUAUUAUUCCACAGUACAACAAGACAAAUGGAUUGGUAAAUGGUUUGGUGUUGACAACAGUAAUGAGUGCCUGCAGCAACCUAAGUGAAGAUUUCCUGAUCAACAUGACAUUUAAAAAGAAUAACAAGACCCUGAAAAAUCCUCAGUGUGUCUUUUGGAAUUUCAGCCUCUCAGGCAAUGGUGGAGGCUGGGACCAUGCUGGCUGUGAAAGCGAAGACAAUGGGGACAGUGUCACCUGUUCCUGUAAUCACUUGACUUCAUUCUCCAUUUUGAUGUCUCCUAGUCAUGAAAACUCAUGGGACAAAUGGGAUUAUAUCUCUUACAUUGGUGUUAGCAUUUCCAUAUUGAGUCUGCUGGUCUGCAUCGGAAUAGAACUUGUUGUAUGGAAAUCAGUGACCAAAACAAGAAUAUCCUACAUGCGCCAUGUUUGUAUACUGAACAUUGCACUUUCUCUCCUGAUUGCAGACAUUUGGUUUAUUGUUGUUGCAGCAAUGCAUGACAAAAAUGAGCAAUUGGAUCAGAAGUGGAUCUGCACAGCAGCAACAUUUUUCAUUCACUUUUUCUACCUCUGUGUCUUCUUUUGGAUGCUCACCUUGGGCCUUAUGCUCUUCUACCACUUAGUCUUUAUUUUACAUAAUACUAGCAAGACGAUCAUGAAAGCUUUAGGGUUCUGCUUGGGAUACAUUUGCCCUCUAGCUAUAUCAACUAUCACAACAGCCAGCACUCAUCCACAUUACACAAGGAAAAAUAUCUGCUUACUCAACUGGGAUGAGAACAGGGCUCUCUUGGCCUUAGUUAUUCCUGCCAUGAUCAUUGUUGCUAUUAAUACCAUUGUUACCAUUGUGGUCAUAGCAAAAAUACCAAGACGUUCCAUUGGGGAAAGAUCAAUAAGUGAAGAAAAGAGCUCCUUGUAUCGUAUUGCCAAGAGUAUUGGUGUUCUGACACCAUUGUUAGGCCUCACCUGGGUGUUUGGCCUUGCCACAGUUUUCCCAAGAAGCCCAAGAGUAUUCCAUGACUUAUUUACCCUUUUCAAUGCCUUUCAGGGAUUAUUCAUUCUGUUGCUUGGAACCCUCUCUGACAGGAAGGUACGAGAAGCUGUGCUGAAUAAGUGUUCCCUCUCCAGAUGGCGUUCACAACAUACAAAGUCAACAUCCCAAGGCAUGUCAGCUCCUAUGCUUUCCAUCAGUUCUCCAUUCUCAAAAACAUUAAACAACCUCUUUGGCAAAGCAGGAAAAUACCAAGUCUCUUCUACAGAAUCAGCAUCUUCUUCAUCCUCAGAAAAUACUUCAAAGGCAUAUUCUUUGCUGACUUGAGAAUGCAUGUAUGAAAAAGCUUAGGCUUUUUUCCCCUGAUCAAGCAAUAAGCACAGAAAGAAUUGAACAAUGGAAACACUGACUUUGCAUAGGAUGUAAAGAACUGUGGCAUAUUAGUUUAAUAGACUAUUUCUUCAAUAUCCCAGAUGUUUGGAAGAUUUAAUUUUAAUAACUGCUUUAUGCUAGAGGAAAAACAGGUUCUAAUGUUGUAAGGUGCUGCAUGCCCUCUGCUUCCACAGUUCUACUAGUCCUUCAGUUCUUUUUCAUAGUUGUUCCAAUCCAUUUGUAGGCAUGGGCCAUGUGCAUAACAACUGGUAGCCGCAGCUCACAGAGUGCAAUGCCCCAAUCACAGCAAAUACGCAUCAAGCGACCUCAGUGCGUUUUUUAAAAAAGUAUCUUCCUCGCUAGAUUGGGACAUUUGUGUAUUAAUUUUCUAACAUUUAAAGCAGGGCUACUGAACCUCUUUGUAUGUGUGGGCACAUUUGGAAAAACUGUCACAGAACAGGACUACAAAAUGGCUACUAUGAGGCUAUUAUUGCGAGUCAUAAAGAAUGGGUAAUUUGGCCAAGAAACUGAGUAUAACACAGGUCAGGCUUGAGCUGACAAUGCUAAACAACAUAUUUGCCCUCACAAAUCAAAACAAAAUACACAUUUCACGGAGGAAAACUGAUGUUCAGAGAAACAAAACACACAACACAGUCAAACAGUUGCAAUUUACAUUGUUUUUUAAAAAGCCCCAUUGAAAUGGCCUUUUUCAGUGCCAAAUUGCAGACAUAGGGGGCUAAUUGGCAUUGGGACCCUGGGGGGCGGACUAAGGGUUUUUAAUCUUUUGCUCCACUCAAGAGUUCUAGAGUAGAGAUGCACUUACUGCUGUGCCUGUUCCCAUGCAUCUCCACCUCUCUGUUUUGAAAACGGGCACACAGCGCUAGUUCAACUCCACCCCUUUUUACCCUUAACCCCUAGUCAGAUCAACUUGAGUGCAUUUCUUACAAAUUCAGCUUCAGACAGAUUUUGCAACUGAUUGGUAGAUCAACUCGUUUGUCUUCCAGGUGUGGCCAGUGAAACUCUUUGCUGUAGGAUUAAGCAGAGACCGUGAUUGGCCCGACGCUUUGCUGUGGGUAGUCCUAAAGGUCUAAAAUCAGCAGUGGAGAAGGGAGAUGUGGCCAGCAGAGGGCACAAUUACUUCAAAACACAGAAAAACCAUUCUGGCUAUUUUUGAAGGGACUAGUGUGACCACAGACCCAAUCUGGAUCUGACCUAGUGCACCUGCAUUUUUCAUUGCAAUUAAGCCUCCUUUCUUUCAAUGGAACCAUCUUUUGCAGUACACAGUUGCAGGAGUCCCAUUCUGGGUCAAGACCAUGCCAGGAGGCAAAUAAUUUUUUUAAAAAACCUACCCACCACACAAAGUAUAGGAUCCUCGGCACUGGCAGUUCGUGGAAAAAUCUACCCAGGUCCUGUUGCUUUCCCUCCCCUCACCCCCCCCCCCGGCAGCAGCAGCAGCAGGUUUUCUCCUCUGUUUUUUCUCCUUUUGUUUUUGAGAAGACAUUUGUUGCUGCUAGAGGUGUUAGAAAGGCACUUCUGGCAUCUUGUGUACCACUGAAGGACUGGGCUGCCAGGAGCAGCCCAAGAGAAAACAAACAAAAUGGGGCCAAGGGGCCUUGGUGGGUGCCAAGGGAGAGAACUGCUGUGGUGACCACAAGGGCCGGGAUGAGGGCCUCCAGGUUUAAAGUAACUAUAUCAAGGCUCUCCUUUCACUGAAUCCAGUGAGACUUCUGCUAAAAAGAAAAAUAAGAUCGUGAUGUCUGUCAUGUAAACUACCACGUGGAAAUUUCUAAUUUUUCUGUAUACAUGUAAAUAUAUAUUAUAUAUACACACAAACAUUUAUUUAAGGUUAUACUUAAUAAAAGAU